AUGAAUUUAUUUUUAUAUAAAUAAUAAAAAGUAAAGUUUUAUGAAUACUUUUAGAAUAAUAAAUAGACGUAGAUUAGUGUUAAAAGCAAUCCCUUCCUUAACUAAGUCUUUUAGUGAACAACAUCCAAAACAAAUUCAAAAACUUUCAGAUGUUUAUUUAAAUAUUUUUGCGAGGAAUAUGUCUCAAAAAAGUAUAACAUCCUUUUUUAAAAGAACUCCUAAGAAGACCGAAGAUGAAGAUGUCGACAAGGACACUAUAUCAACAACAUCAAACAUAAACAAGAAUGGUAAAGUUAACGAAGUCACACCACAAGAAAAAGGAAAGAGGCCAAAAAGAUCAAGAUCCAGUAGUAGUGAAAGUAAAUCACCAGAAGUGGAAAGUAAGGAGUCAUCACCAGUUAAAUCUGAAAAGGUAAAGAAAAUCAAACGGCAACGCAUAGAAAGUUCAGAAAGCGAAUCUGAUUCACCUCCAAAGUCUCAUGAGGAGCAAACAGAUAUUAAGCUAGUAAAGACUGAGAACCCUCCCAAGACGUAUGAUUCACCAAAGUCUAAGAAAAUAAAGAAGCAGACUAAAGGUUUAGAAAACAAGGCGAAAAAAGAAAAAACAUCACCAAAAAGUCCAAAGUCACCAGCUAAAAAUGUGAAGAGUAAAGAAAGUCCCAUGAGCAAGUUUAUGGUAAAAGAAGAGAAAUCUGAUGAUGGUUAUAGUAAAAAUGGUCCUAUUAAGAAGGAGAAGAAAGAGAAUGAUGUCAAUGAUGUCAAAGUAGUUGCAGAAGUAGAGUAUAAUCCAUCAAAACCUAAAUAUCACCCUAUCAAGGACGCAUGUUGGGUCAAGGGACAGGAGGUGCCCUACAUCGCGCUAGCUAAGACACUGGAGGCUAUAGAAGCCACAUCGGCUAGGCUGAAGAUGGUGGAGAUUUUGAGCAACUACUUUAGGUCUGUGAUAGCCUUGACUCCCGAGGACCUCCUGCCUAGCAUAUACUUGUGUCUGAACAAACUUGCACCUGCUUAUCAUAGUUUGGAAUUGGGCAUCGCCGAGACGUACCUGAUGAAGGCGGUGGCGCGCAGCACGGGCCGCACGCUGGCGCAGCUGCGGAGUGCGGCGCAGCGCUGCGGCGACCUCGGCCGCGCCGCCGAGGACGCGCGCGCCGCGCAGCGCACCAUGUUCGCGCCGCCGCCGCUGCGCGCGCGCCGCGUGCUCGCCGCGCUCCGGGACGUCGCGCAGACUACUGGUCAGGAUUCAGUGAACAAGAAAAUCGCAAAAAUACAAACCCUGUAUGUCGCUUGCAGACAUUCAGAAGCGCGAUAUUUGAUAAGGUCGCUAGAAGGCAAGCUUCGCGUGGGGCUCGCAGAGCAGUCUGUACUGCAGGCGCUGGCGCUGGCCUGUGCAAACACGCCGCCUCAGGCCUUCACCCCCGGAGCGCCCGAUCCUGGCCCUGAACAGUUGGAUGUCGCCUCCACCAUGAACGCGGAGGCUUUUAAGGCGCAGGUAGACGAGCUGGCACUCACGCUCAAGACCACAUACUGCGAGUGCCCAAACUACGAUCUGAUCGUGCCUGUUCUGCUGAGUCAUGGGGUUCGAGCCCUACCCGAGCACUGCCGGCUCACGCCCGGCAUUCCUCUCAAGCCCAUGCUAGCUCACCCCUCGCGCGGCGUCCAUGAAGUCUUCACCAGGUUCGAGAACGAGGAGUUCACGUGCGAGUUCAAGUACGACGGCGAGCGCGCGCAGAUACACGUGCCCGGGGACGACGCGCCGAGGUUCGCAGACGCAGCCGUCUUCAGUCGCAACCAGGAGAACAACACCAGCAAGUACCCCGACAUCCUGCGGCGCCUGCCCGCGCUCCUCAAGGACAGCGUGACGAGCUGCGUGCUGGACUGUGAAGCAGUGGCCUACGACACCGAAAAGAAGCAGAUACUACCCUUCCAGGUGUUGUCAACUCGCAAGCGGAAAGAUGCAUCCGAAGAUCAAAUCAAGGUACAAGUGUGCGUGUUCGUGUUCGACCUGCUGUAUUUCAACGGCAAAGCCCUUGUACGGGAACCACUGGAAUUGCGCCGACAGCUGCUGAGGGAUAACUUCCAGGAAGUGGAGGGAGAGUGGAAGUUCGCGGAGGGCGGCGACUGCCGCGACGAAGAGUCCGUCCAGCAGCUGUUGGAUGCGGCCGUGCGCGGCUCCUGCGAGGGGCUCAUGCUGAAGGCGCUGCGCGGGCCGCGGGCGCGCUACGACAUCGCGCGCCGCUCGCACAACUGGCUCAAGCUCAAAAAAGACUACCUGGACGGCGUGGGGGACACGGUGGACGCGGUGGUGCUGGGCGCGUACCGCGGGCGCGGCAAGCGGGCCGGACUGUUCGGCGGGUUCCUGCUGGCGUGUCGGGAGGACGACCGGUACCAGUCGCUCUGCAAGAUCGGCACGGGCUUCUCGGACGAGGAUCUCAAGACGCUCACCGAAACUCUGCAGCAGCACGUUAUCGACGGUCCUAGGAAUUACUACAUGUACGAGCCCGCGCACGCGCCGGACGUGUGGCUGUCGGCGGCGCACGUGUGGGAGGUGCGCUGCGCGGACCUGUCGCUGUCGCCCGCGCACCGCGCCGCCAUCGGCCUCGUGGACCCCGAGCGCGGCAUCUCGCUGCGGUUCCCCCGGUUCGUCCGCGUCCGCGAGGACAAGACUCCGGAGCAAGCCACGAGCGCCGAACAACUGGCGCAGAUGUACCUCGCGCAAGACCAGGUCAAGAACAACGCCAAGCACAUCGACCACGAUGACUUCUACUGACACCAGCGCCACUAACGCUGCGCCAACGCUGUACAUUCGUUAUAAAUAAGAUAAUUCAAUAAAUAUUGUGCAUUUCAA